GAAAAGCAAUACAUAAUCUGGUAUUUUAAUUCUAAACAAGAAAGCAAAAACAAACCUUCGGGACAAAUGCUUACGGACAUCUUUGUGACCAAAAUUAGUCCACCCUAAACCAGUACGUGUAAGCAGGCCGCGGGUUUAGACCAGGAAGUCAUCGGAUAUAAAAAGGACUCGCUAAAGCGUUGAUGACGUUCAGUUCAUCUUUAAAAUGACCACCUACGAAAUCAAGGUCAAGACAGGAGACAGAUUUGGUGCCGGCACGGACGCUAAUGUAGAGAUAGUCCUCCUUGAUGGCUCUGGAAAACAAACCAAACCUGCCAAUUUGGACAACUGGUUUCGAAACGAUUUUGAGCGCAACCAGUUGGAUGUAUUUAAAAUCAAAGAUGACACCGACAUACCCGAAGUGACAGAGAUCAAAUUAAAAAGAGACCAGGCAGGACUGUUCAGCGAUUGGUUUGUUGACAAGAUAGAAGUACUGAACCAAAAGAGUGGAGUCACAUCAGUUUUUCCAAUUCUACGAUGGAUUCGUCCCGAUGUUGACCUGUACUUUGGGAAAUAUGAUACCUUUCUGCCACAGUAUGACCCAAGACCAGAGCAGAGGAAUGCUGAACUUCAAGAGAAACAGAAGCUUUAUGAAUACGAGGAAAAGUUCUCAGGCCUACCCGUGCAGGUGAAGAUUGUACCGGAAGAUGAGAAUUUCUCGACUGAUGCAAAAUUGGAUAUUGCAAAGAGGAAAUACUGUCUACUUGCCGGGAAAGCCGUGGAACUGAUAUUUGGAAGUGGAUCAUGGAAAACUUUAGAAAAUUUGAAGGGUGUCUAUUCAAAAAUAUUCGAAUACCCAAAGGGUAUGAACGAUUGGAAGAGUGAUGAAAGUUUUGGUUGGCAACGAAUUAACAGCGUCAAUCCAAAUCUGAUCUGUCUCUGCACAGAAAUCCCUGACAAACUCGGAGUGACAGAUGAAGAAUUAAAGCCGUUUCUGGAGGGAAUGACAAUAUCCGAAGCCAUCUCAAGGAAACGGUUGUUUAUCAUUGAUCUAGAGACUCUGGAGGGAAUAACAUGUGUGGAGGGACAUGUUUGUCCUGUCCCGAUUGCUCUGUUCUUUGUUAACGGUAAAGGACAACUUAUGCCAGUAGCAAUUCAACUGUUCCAGCAGAAAGCUCCCGACAAUCCGGUUUUUCUCCCCAGUGAUCCACCCAAUACAUGGCUGAUAGCAAAAAUGUGGUACAACGUGGCUGACUCCAACUAUCAUCAAGCUAUAACCCACUUAGGGUAUACUCACUUACUUAUGGAAGGAAUCUGUGUAGCGGCCAAUAGAUGUCUUUCUCCUUCCCAUCCAAUGUUCAAACUGUUGGCUCCUCAUUUCCUUUACAUCAUUGCCAUUAAUGAUCGUGCGCUCAACUUUUUGGUUUCACCCGGGGGAUGGAUUGAUAAAACAAUGGCGGUCGGAAGUGUAGGUGUACUGGAACUAGCAAAAGAGGGUGCUCGCACCUGGCGAAUGGGUUUAGAAGGAAGUUAUCCAGAAUUUCUGAAAAGCAGAGGGCUAUAUUGCAAGGAUGGAUCCAUUCUUCCCACGUUUUACCAGCGAGAUGACACUUUAGCAUUAUAUGAAGCCAUCUUUGGUUAUGUAAGCAAAUACGUCAAUCUUUACUAUGAUACGAGUGACAAAAUUCUUAACGAUGUUGAAAUUCAGACAUUUGGACAAGAACUGACAAAGUCCAAAUCGGAAGGGGGAUGUGGGUUUGAAGGUGUCCCUUUUGAGAACGGCAAGUUCAGUUCAGUGAAUCAGCUCACUGCCGUCUUCACGAGUGUAAUAUUCUCAAGCAGUGUUGUACAUGCGGCGGCCAACUUUCCUCAGUACGAUGCUUAUGGAUUCCCGCCAAGCUAUCCCACAAAAAUCAAAGGAGUGCCGCCAAAAAAUAAAAACUCACUGGAUGAGGAAAACCUUGUGCAGUUGUUGAUUGAUAAGUCCACCACUCUUGAUACCAUGGUCAUUACUAGAAUUCUCAGUGAAAGAAGUACUAAUGCGUUAGGAGACUUUGAAGUUAACUACACGUAUGAUCCAGCCGCUGUUCAGAUUGUAGAAGAGUUUAGGAAGGAAUUGAAGGAUAUCAGUUUAAAAAUCCAUCAAAGGAACGAGAAGCUGGAACGAAAAUACGAAUACCUUUUGCCGGAAGAAAUCCCGAAUUCCAUCAGCAUCUAACAUGGGAAGACGGAAAAAACUGUAGAGCCGCAGCUAAAACCGAAACAAUAUCAACAUUAUGUUUAAUUGGAAUGUUUUAACAACCAUGUUGUUAAAAAGUACAUCUACACAUAUAUAUAUAAAACAUUAUGUGGGUUUUAUUAUUACUUAAUGGUUCAUUGUUAUAACACUUGAAAUGAUUGACAAAUAUGCAACUAUAAAUAUUUACGCUGUAUAAAUAGCAAUUGUAUAAUA